GUACGAAAAUAUGAUCGAGUACGUUACGUCGACUGAAGCUGGGGCAAGGCUUCCUUAUGGACCUGGGCCUUCUGCCUCGAGGAGUCACCAUGGCAUCGCCCCCAAUAUUGCACAGCACCGCCCGAGCAAGGGGCUGGCGGGGCUCCUCAAAUUUGCCCUGCAAGCCACAAGCGCAUCUGGCCGGGGGCUGAACUCGAAGAUUCGAAUGUGGUCAAGAGCCGCAAAACCUCGAAGUGCCCCGGCUCUCUGCGACAUGUUGCAGUGGAAGAUGUUGCGAAGUGUGCCUGGCAAUGAGGGUAAAAAGUUUCCUCAAGUCUCUUUCCCGAGGGUCGAGUGCUGUCAGUCUGCCAGCAGAGGAUUACCAUACAAUAACGAUCAGCGAGGCUACCCCUAGAGCUUCACUCUCACAGGACAGUAUCGAAAUCAAGAUCCAAGUCGACACCAUUUUGCCUCGCGGCCCGUGCCGCCUCCACGACCCAUUCAGCAGGGAAGACCAUGAAGAAUGUGACUGGUAUUUGGGAUGUUGUUUACGAGCGAGCCAUUACGAUGAAGAUCGAGCGGACAAAAUAUUUCCCACGGUCAAGGGCUAUGGGGGAAAGUUGAUGAGCAGGUUGAAUUGGCCCCAGCCUGGGCCCUUUGAGCAUCCCAAUAUUCGGAUUGAUAUUCUGCAAGGAGCGCAUCGAACAAACAAUUCGUCAAUCUACCAUAUACACUGGGAACACUUGGAGCGAGUACAAAGGCGGUAUUGGCCAGGUCUUCCGCGAAGCAAUGAUCCUGUCCAAGUGAGCGUUCGCCGGGUUUUAGACCCUCCACCAGUCAAGAAACCACGAAAUACUCGACAGGAUAAGCAGAUCAAUGUGCUGCUUGUCAUUGCUAGACGGCUCAAACGUGGCACGUCAGGUUUGGAGGAUCUCUCUCCGGCCAUGGUGUAUCGAUCCAUCAUGAAAGUUAAGAAGCUGUUACUCAAAGAGCGUAGUCAUUAUGCAGUUCAUUUGGAGGUCGUGAGACCAGGAAGCUUUCAAGCGCUGGAAGAUCAUCUAGCCCGAAAGAAGGUGGAGCAUGGACAAGGAUUCUUCCAUUUAAUUCAUUUUGACUUACAUGGCGAAGUGUCUGAUGAAGGCGAACAGCAACAGCAACACAAUGCUUACCUUAGUUUUGCAAACGCUAAUGGUAAAUUACGAAAAGUGCCAGCAGCGAAUAUUGCAAAACUACUCCACGAACACGAAAUUUCAUCUGUGGUCCUUACUGCUUGUGAGUCGGGAAAGUCGAGUAAGGGUGAUGAUGCAGACCUCUGUCGGAUCUUUGCCGAGAGAGGCGUUUCCCACAUUCUGGCAAUGUCCUUCGGCAUCCAUGGACAAGCAGUAGAGAUUCUUUGUGAUAGUUUCUACCGCAAUCUACUUGUCCAUGGAGAGACAUUCUCAGAGUCUGCUCGAAAAGCCCGAAUAGACCUCUUCGAUAAACCAGAACGCAAAGGUAGAACAGGACACACAAGAGAACUCGAGGAUUGGUUUAUCCCCGUAGCAUAUGUUCCAAAGGAGGAGAGACCAUUUGUUCAGAAAAGAUCAGAACGACCGUCUUUCUCCUCAACGUCGCACCUUGAUGUCUAUGGACAUCCUUUCACAUAUACCCCAUCCCACGAAAGCGCCCGCUCGAAUAUGUCAUACAACGAUUAUGAUGUAGAAAUGGACGUCGACAUCCUAAGAAUCGAAGAGAUUCUUAUGAGAAUUGGCAAUGUGCUUCUCCGAGGUCCGAUCGUGGAGCAAAACGCAGAGCUGGUGGACCGACUACUUAGUUCCUGGGUCUCCACCGGAUUGCUAGGAGAUUUCGAUCGUGUCGAUGCAGGAAUAUUCUUCUCCGCAAGAGAAGACCACGACGCGAAGGCGAAGGAAGUUUUAGCUCAUGUUCAUCGCAUUUCGAAAAAGACCAUUUCGAAGAAGCUCCGAGAAAAUUACAUAGAACCUCAAAAGGCAUUCGAGCAGAAAGCUUUGCGCAAAGCAGCCGUAAAACUGACCGGCAUCGACAAGCUGUUUCCAAAGGAAAAACCUACUCCAGAAGCGGCCUCAGAAUUGAAAGCAGCAGUGGAAAGAUUUGAACGGUUCUUGAAUAUACUAAUCUUAGGCCCUAAAGGGAAUGUGCAAGAUGAUUUCAAGGUGGACGAUUACAAGGUCCCGUUUCUGAUCAUUAUUGGAGAAGAUUCAGAUGAUAUCCUGACCGGAAAGUUCGUUAACAGAUAUCCAGAUCUAGGACUUGAAGCAGUGUUCCGCGACAGACCUUUUGAUCUGUUCGCAUUUUAAAAUAGCAGCAAUAGUAAAAUAGAGGCAGCUUCAAAAUUCUUCGAGUUACUAAAC